AUGUGGGGGCGCGCGGCGCGGCGGCGCUGCCCGCGGGGGCUGCGGCGCGGGCGGGAGGCGCUGCUGGCCCUGCUGGCCCUGUUGGCGUUGGCCGGCUUGGGGGCGGUGCUGCGGACGCGACGCGGGGCCGGGACUGCUCAGCCGGGAUCCCCGAGCACCCCGCGUCCCCCGCGCUCCGGCCGCCGCGAGCCGGUGCUGCCGCGCCCGGAGCUGUCGGAGGACGCGCUGGGCGCGCGGGGCGAGGCGGUGCGGCUGCCGCUGGAGGGCGUGGAGUUGCGGCUGCAGCAGGAAAGCAUUCAGCUGCACCAGAUCAACACCUACCUCAGCGACCGCAUCUCGCUGCACCGCCGCCUGCCCGAGCGCUGGAACCCGCUGUGCAAAGAGAAGAAAUACGAUUUUGAGAAUUUGCCCAGGACAUCUGUUGUCAUAGCAUUUUAUAAUGAAGCCUGGUCAACGCUCCUUCGGACAGUCUAUAGUGUUCUUGAGACAUCCCCAGACAUCCUGUUGGAAGAGGUUAUUCUGGUGGAUGACUAUAGCAACAGAGAACACCUGAAGGAGCGCUUGGCUGAAGAGCUGUCGGCCCUGCCCAAGGUGCGCCUGAUCCGUGCCAACAAGAGGGAGGGCCUGGUGCGAGCCCGGCUGCUGGGGGCCUCCAUGGCCCGGGGCGAGGUGCUGACCUUCCUGGACUGUCACUGUGAGUGCCACGAGGGGUGGCUGGAGCCGCUGCUGCAGAGGAUCUACGAGAAGGAGUCGGCGGUGGUGUGCCCUGUGAUCGAUGUGAUUGACUGGAAUACCUUCGAGUACUUGGGCAACUCUGGGGAGCCCCAGAUUGGUGGCUUCGACUGGCGGCUGGUGUUCACGUGGCACGUGGUUCCUGAUCGGGAGCGCAUACAGAUGCGUUCCCCCAUCGACGUCAUCAGGUCUCCAACAAUGGCUGGGGGACUGUUUGCUGUGAAUAAGAACUAUUUUGAAUAUCUGGGGUCUUACGAUACAGGAAUGGAAGUUUGGGGAGGAGAGAACCUUGAAUUCUCCUUUAGGAUCUGGCAGUGUGGUGGGACCCUGGAAAUACACCCCUGCUCCCACGUUGGCCACGUUUUCCCCAAACAAGCCCCCUACUCCCGCAGCAAGGCUCUGGCCAACAGCGUCCGUGCAGCUGAAGUGUGGAUGGAUGAAUAUAAGGAGAUCUACUACCAUCGAAACCCCCAUGCUCGCAUGGAGCCCUUUGGGGAUGUGUCGGAGAGGAGGCAGCUCCGAGCCAAGCUCCAGUGUAAAGACUUCAAGUGGUUCCUGGACACCGUGUACCCAGAGCUGCGCGUGCCUGAGGACAGGCCUGGCUUCUUCGGGAUGCUCCAGAACAAAGGACUAAAACGACACUGCUUAGACUACAACCCUCCUGAUGAAAACCAGAUUGAAGGGUACCAGGUUAUUCUGUACCCUUGUCAUGGGACAGGCCAGAACCAGUUUUUCGAGUAUACUUCCCAGAAAGAGAUACGCUAUAACACUCGCCAGCCAGAGGGGUGCAUCGCUGUGGAAGUAGGAACCGAUGUCCUCAUCAUGCAGCUCUGUAAAGAGACUGUCCCCGAGAACCAGAAGUUUAUCCUUGAGGAUGGUUCCUUAGUUCAUGAACAGUCCAAGAAAUGUGUCCAGGCUGUGAAUAAGGAUUCCAGCAACAGUUUUGUGCCACUCUUACGAGAAUGCACCAACUCUGAUCAUCAGAAGUGGUUCUUCAAGGAAAACAUGUCAUAGAGCAGCCCUGUGCCAAGGAAGAUGCCCAUCGAAGGCCCGGACCCUGUGACCAGCCAAUACUUAGCCAUGCUGGGGCCAGAGCCUACCACACACAGACUGCUGUCCUUUUCCAAGGAAAUCAUUUUUCCAUUUGUGAGGAUGUUGUUGGAUUUAGUAAAAUGUGAAUAAGCUUUGUACUGA